GUGUGUGUGUGUGUGUGUGUGUGCGUGUGUGUGUCAGGUAUCGAACACGUGAACAGACGCGAGGGAAGGACGUGGUUUUGAGGACUAAAGUCGCACGCUGCGCAGGUCGACGGUUGCCGCCUUUUCGGCGCUGCUGGGUGACGAUGGCAACCUUCAUCCAUCUUUGAUCGAGGAGAGGAAAGGACGCGUCGGGAAGGAAAGGAGGCUGAAGGAGACAGGAGGGAGGAUGAAGGGAGUGAGAGUCUAAAGCUGGCGUCUGCUGCUGCAGGAAUCAUGACGUCUCAAGAGGAGGCUUCGUCCUUCCGCAGGUUUUUCCGCUAUGUAGAGGACAGCUGCCUUCGAGCGUACGACGAUCUAGUCAUCCAGAACGCGUCGGACAUUUCCCGAGAGAGCGACCGCAUUCGCAACAAGACCAACUGGACUUACUUGCAGGAAAAAAAACAGAAGAAGCGCCAAGGAGAAGAAAUCAAACGGACCGAUGAAGAGGUUGCUGGUACAACAGAGACCACGCACUCCGGGAAACAUUUCCGAAUGGGUUUCAUGACCAUGCCGGCGCCACAGGACCGCCUGCCCACUCCAGGCCAGGGUUUCAGUGUUCGCUCGCAGUCCCUCAACUCGGUGGGCGGUGACGACGACGCCAACAACCGAAAACAACCGCCGCCCAAACCUAAGCGGGAUCCCAACACCAAACUGAGUAGCAGCUCCGAGGCCCUUAACGGAGUCGCCAUGACAGAAACUCAGGAGCAAGACGAAGCUCACUUCCAUUCGGGCUCUGAGGACUACAAGAGGACGCCUCCUCCCAAACCCAGACGGAACCCAAACACGCAGCUGAGCUCGUCCUUUGAUGACACAUAUGUGUGUACUAAUGUUGGCCACAAAAGGGCUCCCCCGCAGUGGGACAAGUCGUCCUCGCCGAGCCAGCAUUCGGCUUCUGGAGACGACGCCGAGUCGGUUUACAUCGAAAUGAUGGGGAAUGUUCUGCGAGAGUUGAAGAGCCAAGAGGCGGCGGACGACGAGCAAAACGAAUCUGUGUAUGAGGAAAUGAAGUACCCGGCUUCGGAGGACUCGGCCGUAGACUCGGAUUCCUGUGUGUCGAGUCACUCUGGCUCUCUGUGCCACAUCCCGCAACCUUUCCCCAACCUCUUGACGCACCGGCCGCCGUUGCUGGUGUUCCCCGCAGCCCCCGCUCAAUGUUCCCCCAAUUCGGACGAAUCACCCCUGACCCCGGUUGACGUCACCCAACUGUCCAUGUUGGAAAAGACCACUUCCAGCAAGUCAGGCGAACAAUCCAGAAGUUCAAAAACCAGCGAAGACGAUCGUCCCUCCACUUCCACCAUAACUUCUUCAGGCCGAUCUUCCGCCCCACCAAUUCCGUCCAACGUGUACAAGUCCUCUAGCUCCUCCCAUAAUGGUUACGGGUACCCCCGAAGCCAAUCGGCAUGCCCCUCCCCUGUGAGCAUAGCUCGCUCCCUAACUCCGCUCAACGUGAAGAGGCCACCGCCCUACGAUGCCUUGAUGGCGGGAGUCAAUAUGCCCGUUUCGUCCCCGGUAUCAACACGGUCCCAAGAGGGCGGGGUAACGCACAAGAACUUGUCUCCCUACAGCUCCAUGCAAAACCUGUCGGCGAGGUUGCAGACGCCAACCAGUCCGACGGACGAGUCCACCAACACCUCAUAUUCCUCCGGUAAACAGGUGUCCAGAAAGGGCUCAAGCAGCAGGAGAAGCAGGCAACGUGAAGGCGAGUCCAGGUCAGUCAGACCGGAGUGCAAGGACAGAGACAGUAACGGACGGUUCAGUCCAGUUUCCAGUCGGAUGGGGAGAUCUUCCGUUAGCCCGACUUUGAUGUUUGCAGGAUCGGGAGAAUCCAAGUGUGUGAGUAAACUGGGUCGCUCAGCAUCAACAUCAGGUGUGUCUUCACCUGGUUCCAUGCCACAUCAUCCCGCCCUCAGCCAGAUGCCGUGGCUGUGUGGCGACACCACCAUGCUGGAGAUGAUCGAGAAGAAACGAGUUCUGUGUUGCGAGAUCAAGCGGCGCCAGCGACCCGAGAAGAACCUCAGCAAACAGGACAGCAUGCCCAUCCUGCCCAGCUGGAAGAGGAAACAGCCACCGCCAUAUUUAGCCCCGCCCACUGCUGCCAGCCAAUCGUCUGCAGUGGCGUGGGACACCUCCAUCUGAGCACGUGCAAGGUUUUUGCUUUGUUGCACUUUACAAGAAAUUGAUAGGGGAACCUGCUUAUGGCAACAACUCAAACAACUGCUUAAGUCUACCUACAUGGUCCACCCAAAGUACUGUCCCCAGCACCAUCACAUAUGGACAGUGACUUCCUGUUCAGCACAAAAUAAAAGCACGGCAGCAUUAACUUGAAAUUCGCAUAGAUUGAUCUACCGGUAUUCAGACCUAUAUACACACACACACACACACACGUAUACCCCCCCACCCAACACAUAUAUACACACUCACACACAUACCGCCCACUAGUGCUGGGCAAUAUGGAAAAAAAAAAAGUAUAUUACGAUAUGGAUCAUUUUAUAUCACGAUAUGAACUAUAUACCACGAUAUAGCUAUGGUACGCUUUCAGUUCUAUGAAAAAUUUAACAUACAUGACCACUUGCCUUUAUUCUCACUUUAUUUGCAAGUGAAAUAAACAAAUACAUUUGGUUUAGCAAACAAUAGCAACAAAACACAUUUUAAGUUUUUAAAACACAUUUAAGUUUUUUUUUAAAGUUUUACAAGUAUUCAAGUCUCUCUGAAGUGCAGUCACAACGCUAGAUCAUAACUAAAAAUAAACCAAUACUUUUGGUAUCAGAUGUAAACAAUUGCAAUAAAAAAAAAAAUUAGGGAUGUCCGAUAAUGGCUUUUUUGCCAAUAUCCGAUAUUCCGAUAUUGUCCAACUCUUAAUUACCGAUAUCAACCGAUACCGAUAUAUA